CAUUGAGAACAAAUUUAAAAAUUAAAUUAAAUAACUCGAAUAAAAUAUUUAAUUUUUACUGUGAAUUACAUUUAUUUUAUUAACUAUAAUUACAUUAAAAAUCAAAAAAUAUAAUUUUACAAAGAAGGUUUAUUAUUAAUAAUUACUUUUAAUAAUUUUUGUGUUUCAGGAAAUCUUCUAGUCAUUCUAGUCGUCAUGUAUUCACGAAGAAUGCGCGGCAUAACAAACUUUUUUCUGGCAAAUUUAGCUGUAGCAGAUCUUUGCGUCGGAAUAUUCUGCGUCUAUCAAACCCUGAUUAAUUACCUCAUGAACAGCUGGCUUCUUGGCCUCUUCCUCUGUAAAGUCUACACGUUUGUUCAUGCACUCUCAUACACAGCAAGUAUCAUGAUCCUAGUAUUAGUAUGCGUGGAGAGAUACCUUGCAAUCAUUCAUCCGAUAAAGUGUAGAUCCUUGCUGACAAGAAGUCGUCUGAGAGUAAUAGUCGUAAUUGGAUGGAUUUUAGCUGCUAUUUAUGCUUUGCCAAAAUUUAUAUACGCAGAAACAAUUGAAAAUAAACUUAUGAAUGGAGCUCUCGAUAUAAUUUGUAUUCCAAACAUGAAAAAACACAGUAAAAAUGCUCUUGACACUGUCAAUUUAAUUUUACUUUAUAUUGUACCCUUGUUUUUGAUGAGCUAUCUGUACACCAGAAUUGGAAUCAGGCUGUGGAAAAGCGGACGAACUUUAAGCGGCCCUGAUCUAAUAACCAGACCGAGAAAUAUAAGACUUCACCAUACGAAUGAAUCUAAUAGAAAUGUUCUUCGUGCGCGUCGAGGUGUCAUAAGGAUGCUCAUUGCAGUGGUAAUUAUGUUCUCGAUGUGCAAUCUUCCUCAACAAGUCCGAAUUCUAUGGCUUCACUGGGGUUCAAAUUACAACCAAAAUUCAGAUUUCAGCACGAUAUUAACAGUUUCCACAGCUCUUAUAUCAUACAUGAAUUCUUGCUUAAAUCCUCUCCUUUAUGCCUUUUUGUCACGAAAUUUUCGAAAGGCAAUGAGGGAGCUUUUUUCUUGCCGCUUUCAAAGGCGAGGCAGAGGCUACAAUGCCGCAGAUGGAGCUCACAUGGAAAAUGGUAACAAUAACGUACCCCGCAGUUCCGUUAUACGAUUAAAUUCAACUUAUGACAGCCCUUGCACUACGCACACCAUUACCAGGCAAAGCACGUACGUCAAAAGUUCGUGA